AUGUCUUUAAGUCCUCAAACUUUAAAAUCAGUUGGAGAAGCUUUAGGAACUGAUAUAUUAUAUAUAACUAAAAUUUGCCAUAUUUCCUAAAUGUCUAUUAACUAUUAUAUAUGUAUUGGAACUCGUUAAUUUUAUUUUUUCGAUGAGAAUUUCUAAUUCGUAAAAGGAUAAGUAAAAUACAUACAUUUAUUGAGAAUUUUAGUUUCGAAAAAAAAUGACUAAUUACUUUAAUUACAUUUUAGUGAAUAAAAAGAUAAAAACAUGCCUUUAAAGAUGAAUAUAUAUACUGAAGAUAGGAAAGCUAUUAUUGAUUAUUUAAAAUAUUCAUGGAAAACAGACUUUAUGUUUCAUUAAUAUGAAGUUAAGGAACUUCCUAUAUAUAAAUAUGAUAUUAUUUUAGAUUAAGAAAGUUAGUAAAUAAAAAAAAAAAAAAAUUUUAAUUUUAUUUAAAAUGGAUUUUAUUAAUUUAAAAAAGUAAUCUUUAUAUAAUUUUUAAUUUUUAUAUAAUAUAUAUUCAAAAAGUAUUAAGACUGUUAAAUAUUUGUAUAAAUAACAGACAUGUUGCCCUUAGAAAUUAUAAAAAGUAUGGGAAUAAGAAAGGAUUUGGAAUAAUAUGCUCUAUAUUAUGCUUAAUAUAUAGUAUAAGAACAUAAUUAUGACACUUUUUAUAUUUUAUCAUCUAAUUAAUAUAAUAAAAGACAUAAUUAUACUGAAGAUCUAUCAUAAUGGAAAGGUUGGGAACUAUAAAUUAAAGUAAGAGUAUCUAAUAAAGCCGUAAAGACUAUAGGAAUAAUUAUUUUAAGAAGAAUGUAUUUACCACCUUUAUUAGAUAAUUUUAAUGAUAUAGCAUUAGUAAUUUUCGGAAACAAAUAAAGUAUACAAGGAAAUAAUAAUAAAAUCUAAAUUAAAAUUGGAAAUUAAAAAGAAUGUGAAAUAAUUUAAAUUAUUAGAUAAGUCGCAGACUCUUUUUAUUAUAAAAAUAUUAAUUAAAAUGUAUAUAAAACCUUAAUAAAAGCUAAAUGUGAUUCGCUUUCUAUUGAUUAUGAAUAAUAUGCGUAUUUAUUAACUUUAAAUGGUAUUUUAAUAUAUAUAUAUAUAGAUAUAAUAUAUAUUUAAAUUAGACAAAAUAUAUCCGAAAUAUAUAAUUUAUGGACUUGA